CUCUGGUCUCUGGGAAAGUGCUAUUUGUGACGUGCUCACAGAAUCGAGCUUCAACUCCCAGCACAGAGUUUAUAACGGCGGGUGGAUGCAGUUGACAUCGCCUCGCUUCCUUCACAGGCCUGACUGAAGCGCCCUGGGCUCUGGGUAUCUGUAUUCAUCCAGUGCGGAAUGAAAUCUGGUGUCCGUGUGAUUGUCGCUGGGAAUGCUGCUUCAGCGAGACUCUGCUGAUCCUGAGCUUAAACAGACAAAGGAGGCUUUAUAACUCACCCCAGGGGCCCAAGACAGCUGAAACCAGGGCAGAAGCACGCUGCGAUUAGGGGAUGGACAGACUGCAAGCCGAUUGCUUACAGAGAGGCCACUGAUGCACAGCCAUGCCGUGUGAGGGAGCGCCACCUAGCUGCACCAUGGGGAGAGGACAGCUGCUGUGGAUCCUGUUAUUGCCGCUGGUAACAGAGCAGGUUCCUGCGGAGGCGCUGGUGUCCUCGGAGCCGCUGUCAGUCGUGUCUGCCACCCCCCAGUCUAUGAUGCCCAUGGGGGUGUCGAGGGCACAGAUCCUGUCUGCCCAGUUCGAGUGCUACCUGAAGAUCCUCAGGGACCCCCCCUACCGGGGAGACGGACCCUACUGUAACCGCACAUGGGAUGGCUGGAUGUGCUGGGAGGACUCCCCACCCGGGAGCAAGGCUGUCCAGUUCUGCCCUGAAUACUUCCAGGACUUCGAUCCCUUGGAAAAGGUGACGAAGGUUUGUAAUGAAGACGGACAGUGGUUUCGACACCCAGAGAGUAACCGCACCUGGUCCAAUUACACCCUGUGUUCUGCCUUCACCAGGGCCAAACUCAAGAUGGCGUACAGCAAGUACUACCUGGCAAUCACGGGACAUUGUCUCUCUCUGGUAUCCCUCCUCAUCUCGCUCUGCAUCUUCUUCUACUUCAAGAGUUUGAGUUGCCAGCGCAUCUCUCUUCACAAGAACCUCUUCCUGUCCUUCAUCCUCGACUCCAUCGUCACCAUCAUCUGCCUUUCCGCCGUGGCUAAUAACCACGAGCACGAGACUCGCAACACGCUCCAGCUGCGUGUGUGUGAACGGCGACUCCUCCUGUCCCUGCAGGCUGGCUGCAAGGUGCUGCAGUUUCUCUAUCUCUACACCAUGGGCUGUAACUACUUCUGGAUGCUGUGCGAGGGGAUCUACCUGCACACCCUCAUCAUCGUGGCCGUGUUCGUGGAGCAGCAGCGGCUGCUCUGGUACUAUAUCCUGGGCUGGGGAUUCCCUCUGAUCCCGGCUGUCAUCCAUGCAGUGGCCAGACUGCAUUUCUUCAAUGACAACUGCUGGAUCAGCGCCGCCACUCAUCUCCUGUACAUCAUCCACGGGCCGAUCUGCGUAGCUCUGCUGGUGAACCUGUUCUUCCUGCUCAACAUUGUUCGUGUUCUCAUCACCAAGCUCAAGUUGACUCACCAGGCUGAGUCCAGCGCUUACAUGAAGGCGGUGCGAGCCACGCUCAUCCUGGUCCCCCUACUGGGGAUCCAGUUCGUCCUGCUGCCAUGGAAACCGGAGUGGCGGCUGGCCGAGGAGAUCUACGAGUACAUCAUGCACAUCUUCAUGCACUACCAGGGGCUGCUGGUCGCCACUAUAUUCUGCUUCUGUAAUGGAGAGGUCCAGGCGGCUCUGAAGAGGGAGUGGCUUCACUACAAAGAUCAGUGCAGCGGACAGCUCAUGAGCAACGACCUUCACUCCAACUGCCACACCAACUCAUCCGCGGUGGAGCCGAGCAGGAACCAGGGCACCAAGCACAGCACCAACGGCAAGGACUGUGCCCCGACGGAGAGCGUGGCUCUGAAACCAGCCGAGACCUUCGCCUGACCGGGGGGAAGGACCGUGCACCCACUGCACACUCGCACUGAACACAAGUCCUGCUGACACGGAGACGGCAGACGAGAGACUCUCUGCACACGGGGACCGAAGCUGUCCGUCCUCUUUGAAGACCGGAUGUCCUGCAGGGACUUUUUUCUUAAGAAACCACAUCGGCAAAAUGGCUUAUACUGUACAUGGGCACUUAAGCACCUGGGUGGAGAUCUCAACAUUGCAUUGAGCUGUACUGUUCUUUUCUUAUCAGAAUAUUUUGUGGUUCCAGAGUAUAGAGCGCUUGACAGAUAUUUGAUCAGGUUUUGCAUUGAUGCAAUGCUUCGUCUUUCCCUGUAUACAUAUACAUAUAUAAAUCUCUAUCCUUGCACUGACAGUUAAGCCCCCUUCGUUGCUGCACUGAGCACCACACAGAUUCUUGAUGCAAUGAAAUGCUUUGAAAGGUUGUGCAGAGUCUGAAUAUGAAGGGGUCUCUGAAGCAGGGUGCUUCCUGGGCUGCCCUCCUCUCCCUGGGUCUCCAGUAGCUUGUUCUCUUGUGAGGAUGCAUCUUUCUAGAUAUGAUAUAUAUGAUAUUGAUGUUCUUAUUGCUAAUAUAUUAUUUUUUUAUUGUCUGUAUUAUUGUUACUUGAAGAUUGUACUAUAGAAAACUGUGGGAAUGAUAUUUAUGAUAAAUAAAACGAAUUCACGGCA